AUGGCCGAUGCAGACAACGCACUCGCUCCCCGGGAGGAGGAACAUGACCCACAAUUCGAGCCUGUGAUCAAACUCACAGAACAAGUCGAUACCAAAACCCACGAGGAGGAUGAGGAUGUGCUUUUCAAGAUGCGCGCCAAAUUGUUCCGAUUCGACAGUGAUGCUGCUGAAUGGAAAGAGCGUGGCACUGGAGAUGUCCGUCUCCUCGAGCACAAGGAGACCCACAAGGUCAGGCUGGUGAUGCGGCGGGAUAAGACUCUCAAAGUCUGCGCCAACCAUGUUAUCACGUCCGAUAUGCGCCUUCAGCCCAACAUCGGUUCUGAUCGCUCCUGGGUGUGGAAGGUCGCUGCCGAUUACUCAGAGAAUCCCCCCACCGCUGAGACGCUUGCUAUCCGAUUCGCCAACUCGGACAAUGCGGGUCAGUUCAAGACUGCUUUUGAGGACGGACAAAAGAAAAACGCGAGUCUGACGAGCACUGCUCCUGGCCCAGCAGAAGAAGCAACAUCCCACCCCGCUGAGGCUACUACUGUUGCCCCCGAUGCCAAGGGUGACGAGGCCAAAAGUGCCGAUGCCAAAGAUGGAGACGCCCCUGCCGCUGAUUCUGGCGCUGACGCCUCUGCUGCUGCUGCUGCUGACGCUGGCGGAGAGUAA